UCAGUGCAAAGAGAGAAAGGAGCUGAGCAGCUAUGUUCCCACUCUUGAUGCUGGAGCUCACUUGCACUGAAACACUUUAACCGGACAUUGUUCCUGCACAGCAAGGACUUAGCAUUCUACCUCAGUGUUCAUUGAAUGAGCGGCUAAUACCUCAAGAGGUCACAUUUCACUUCUAAUAAUCCAAAGUUCAGAAAAGCCGUAGGAAUUUGAGAGCCGAUUACUCUCUUCUACACACUGCAGCAACAAGACGACUUCUUUUUGAAAUUUUUCGGGGCUUCUUUUGAGGACGAUUUUAUCUCUUUUAUUUGAAUUGUUUAUCAACAUGUGUUAAGUUGUUUUAAUGAACUUUGUGAGCCAGCAUUCUUAUUAUAUUUUGUAGAUAUUUUAUUUAAUGAGGGAAGACUAAUUCAGCAGGUGCUAAACAACCUUCUCAUUUUUGCACAUACAAGGAUUCUAAAGGAACCUACCAACAACAGGAUCUAGUGCCAUUAACAUUAAAGUCACCUUGUAGAGUUCUGGUUGUACCAAACUAUGGCGUUUGGUGACCUGCUAGAGAUAGUGGGCAGCACAGGACGCUUCCAGAUCCUGCAUGUGACCCUCCUCUGCAUACCUGUCCUGCUGAUGGCCAGUCACAACCUGUUGCAGAACUUUGUGGCCUCUGUGCCUCGUCACUACUGCAACGCACAUGCAAACCUUUCUCAGUUACAGCUAAGCCCAGAGGAAACACUGCUCAUCACAGUGCCGCUAGACCAGACAGGGAAGCCACUGAGGUGCCAGCGUUACGUUACACCUCAAUGGCACCUCCUGACUAAGAAUGGGACCUCCAGUUCAGCGGAGCCAGGAGACACUAAAAAUGAUGUGGAUGUUGACCUGCAGGGAUGCACCGAGGGAUGGUCCUAUAACAUGACUGAGAGGAGCUCCACGAUCAUAUCUGAUUGGGACUUGGUGUGUGAUGUUCGCUCUUUGAAGCAAAUGGGACAAACUGUCUACAUGGGAGGUGUGCUUGUGGGAGCUCUUGUCUUUGGAGGUCUUUCAGACAGAUAUGGUCGCCGCAUCCUUCUGCUCAUCUCUCACAUGCUGAUGGCAGUGUCAGGAACAUGUGCCGCUUUCUCGACCUCCUUCCCCCUCUUCUGCCUAUUCCGGUUUGGUUGUGGCAUGGCACUGUCUGGCCUGGGGCUCAACACGUUCUCGCUCAUUGUGGAGUGGAUCCCCACUCGUGUGCGGACAGUAGUGGGGACAAUAACGGGUUACUGUUACACAGUGGGGCAACUGCUUCUGGCAGUCAUAGCCUACUUCAUCCGGGACUGGAGGUGGUUAACGCUGGCUGUGUCUUUGCCCUUCUAUGGCUUCUUCCUCUUCUCAUGGUGGUUUCAUGAAUCUUCAAGAUGGUUAGUCCUGAGUAAUAAGUCUGAGCAGGCCAUUAAGAACCUUCAAAGUGUGGCCAAUUUUAACGGACGGCGUGAAGAAGGAGAAAAGAUUGACAUUAAAAUGGUGCAGGAGUCCAUGAAGAAAGAGAUGUCUGGUUCCCAGGGUUCCUACUCUGUCCUGGAUCUGUUCCGCACACCCACAAUGAGGACUAUGACAGUCUGCCUCAGUGCUGUCUGGUUAUCGACAAGCUUUGCCUAUUAUGGUCUUGCUAUGGAUCUGCAGAAGUUUGGGGUGGACAUCUACUUAAUCCAAGUGAUCUUUGGUGCUGUUGACAUCCCUGCUAAAGUUGUUAUAACUGUGUCCAUGAGUUUUAUUGGACGACGUCCAUCACAAUGUGGUGCCCUCAUGAUAGCCGGAGUCACUAUUUUGAUCAAUCUGCUGAUACCUGUUGAUAAACAGACGGUACGCACCUGUAUGGCUGUACUGGGUAAAGGUUGUCUUGCUGCCUCCUUUAACUGCUGCUACCUUUACUCUGGAGAGCUGUACCCCACCAUCAUUCGUCAGAAUGGCAUGGGCUGGGUAUCCAUGAUGGCUCGUGUAGGAGCGAUGGUGGCCCCCAUGGUGCUUCUCGCAGGGGAAUACAUACCUUGGAUACCAGGUUUAAUCUAUGGAGGAGCUCCUAUUCUCAGUGGAGUGGCUGCAAUAUUUCUUCCAGAAACACUUGGCUCACCCCUUCCUGACACAAUACAAGAUGUGGAGGACAGGGGAUCUGGGAGAGGCUCCAAAAUGCCACCAAAGGAAGCAAUAAUCUUGCAAGACACGCAGGCGAAUCACCUAAAGCAGGCUCCCUGAGGGCAUGGGUUUUGUACUCCUGAUGUAUGUACUGACAUGUUAAUGAAAGUAGAGUGGGUACUGCUUUUUCUCUGGCCUGUUUAUUUGUUUGAUUUCAAGAGUUUAUUGUGUCUCAUGACUGCUGGACAAAUGGAGUUGCAAUGUUAUUUCUAGACAGGUCAAUACAGUGAAAUAAAUAGCUGCAAACAAUCAGACCUAUGUUUAUUUGCUAUACAGUAGCUUUGUGGACUUUAGUCUUAAUUUGCACCAAUUAGGUUUUAUAUUUUGCGUAUCUGUGUUAAAAAAAAGAAUAAUUCCUAAGCCUUCUACAGGUUAAAUACUAUGCUAUGCUUUCACUGGUGUUUUUAUAACUUCUUAUUACUUUAUAUACAACCUUGUAUUUGUGAAGGAAAAUGUGUUUUCAUUAAAAUCAACACCUAUUUA